GCAGUUGCGAAUGCAAAUAAUUUAAGAAUUAACAUCACAGAAAGUGCGCAAAAUUUUACUGAAACUACAGUUGUAACCUCUAUUUAUGCUCAGGGAAAUGUAAGAGAUAUUUAUAUCGGACAUCUUGACGAACUGCAUUAUGUUUCUACAAUGCCAAUUGAGCAAUCUGCUUCUCAACAAAUAGGAAAUCAGACAGCAACUGAUAAACAAAAACCAAACCCACAAAAUUCGCAAUCUAAUACUAAUAGUAAUAAACGUAUCUCAGAAAACUCCGUCUCAAUGAAAAAAAAUAAAAAAAGAAAAGAAUACAUGAAGGAAUACAUGAAAAAAAGAAGGUCGAACACCGAAUUUAAAAAAAAAGAAAGCGAGAGAAAAAAGUCAUAUAAUAAGAAAUACAAAAACUCGAAUUCUGAAAAAAUUAAGGAAUCUUGGCAAAAAGCCAGUGCAACAUACAGACAAUUAAAUCCUGAAAAAGUAAAAGAGAGUUUUAAGACAGCCAGUGCAACAUACAGACAAUCAAAUCCUGAAAAAGUAAAAGAGAUUUGUAAGAGAGCCCGUGCAACAUACAGACAAUCAAAUCCUGAAAAAGUAAAAGAGAGUUUUAAGACAGCCAGUGCAACAUACAGACAAUCAAAUCCUGAAAAACUAAAAGAGAGUUUUAAGACAGCCAGUGCAACAUACAGACAAUCAAAUCCUGAAAAGGUCAAAGAAUCAAAUAAAACAGCCACUGCAACAUACAAAAAAUUAAAUCUUAGAAAGGUUGCGGAAUUGUCAAAAUUGUCAAAUAUUACGUACAAGCAGAACUAUUCGGAAAGAGUUAAGGAUACUCAAAAAAGGAAAUAUCUUAAAAGAAAGUUAGAAUGUGGUGAAAGUGAAACUAAGAUGAUUAAAUACAAUAAAGUAGAUAAUUCGAAUGACAAUUCAUGUGAAACUCUGCAAAUACCUGGUAACUCUGAUGAUUCGAGACAACAAAUCGACGUAACAAAGGCAAUUGAGUUAUUUCAUAAGAACAUUAGUGUUGGACCAGAAUAUAUUUGCACCUGUUGUGACCAAUUAUGGUAUAGAUCAUCUGUCACUGAGUGCAAUGUUUCUUUAUAUAAAUCUUGUUCAAAAGAAAUCCUUAAUAUAUGUCUUACUGGUCUGAAAAGCAUUGAUAAUACUGAAUGGAUAUGUGGUACAUGUCACUCAAACUUAAAAGUUGGUAAACUUCCAAGUUGCUCAAAGGCAAACAAAAUGACUUUCCCAGAAAAGCCCGAGGUUUUAGAAAAUUUAACACCUCUUGAAGAAAGACUAAUUUCGCCGAGAAUACCUUUUAUGCAGGUACGGGAAUUGCCUAGUGGAGGUCAAUUAAGUAUUCAUGGGAAUGUAGUUAAUGUUCCUGCUGAUGUUAACACAACUGUUAGUGUUUUACCAAGACCAAUUAACGAGUCACAAACUAUUCCAAUAAAAUUGAAACGACGGCUUGGUUAUAAACACCAUUAUCAAUUUCAGAACGUUAGACCUACAAAAGUUUUAGAUGCAGCUCAAUACUUGGUUCGCACUAGUGAAAUAUUCAAAAAUGAAGGAAUACAAGUAAUGGAUAAUUAUGUGUCAAAUCCAGUCAAUAAGGACGAAGAGUGGUCAGAAUUUAUUGCCAAGAAUACUAAGGAGACUUCAGAUAAUCUGUCAAACGAUUUGAAUAUUGAAAAUCAAGAAACAGUGGAGACACGAGUAAGUAACGACUCCGUUGACAAUGACACUGAUGAUGAAUGGUGUGAAGUAACUGAACGACCAUCAGGUGUUAUGGAUACAUUAUUACAAGAACCUGACAUUACUCAAGAUGGUGAUAAAAUAAUCAGUUUUGCACCAGGAGAAGGAAAUAGACCACUUGGUAUAUUUAUAGAUAAAGAUGCUGAAUUUUUGUCUUUCCCUACCAUUUACUGUGGCAAACGUCAAGCUGAUAACAGUGAAAGACUUGUUCCUGUUCACUAUAGUACAAUAUGUAAAUGGGAAUUACGAAGUCGAGAUCGAAGAGUUGCUCAAUCUGUGCCAAACAUUUUUUAUAAAUUAAAAAAAUUACAGAUCAGACAAAUCCAAGGAAGUGCAAGUUUAUCAUUGCGUAAAUGUAAAACCAAAGGUAAAACGUACACAGCAGGGGAUUUGAAGUCUGAAAGUUCUGUUAAUAAGCUAAUCAAUUUAGAUGAAGGAUUCAGAGUUUUAAGAAAUUUACGCGGUUCCCCUCCAUACUUUGAAAGAUGUAAGAAGGAUCUAUUUGCAAUGAUUCGUCAGCUUGGUAAACCUACAUGGUUCUGUUCAUUUUCAGCUGCUGAAACGCGUUGGAUUCAUUUGAUUAAAAUUCUUGGUCGUCUUAUUGACAACAAACACUAUACUGACGAUGAGGUUAAGCAAAUGACUUGGCAAAAGAAGUCUAAACUGAUACAGAAAGAUCCAGUAACAUGUGCUCGAAAUUUUGAACAUAUGGUGCAACAAUUUAUUCACAAUUUUAUUAAAAGUUCAUGCCAUCCAAUUGGAGAAGUUGUUGACUUUUUCUAUCGUGUUGAAUUCCAGCAAAGAGGUUCUCCACACAUCCAUGGAUUAUUCUGGAUAAAAAAUGCACCUGAGUAUGGUAAAGAUUCCGACGAAGAUAUUACCAAUUUUGUAGAUAGCUACGUUUCAUGUAAAGCUGACUCAGAUGAUUUAACUGAACUCGUAAAUUUACAAAGGCACAAACACUCUAAAACAUGCAAGAAAAGAGGAAAUGCUGUUUGCAGAUUUAACUUUCCUUUACCGCCAAUGCCGAGAACUAUGAUUUUAGAGCCUUUGUCUGAGACUGAUCUAGAGGAAAAUAUUGCAGAUAUAUUAAAGAAAGCUUUAGGACAGAUACGUUCAUUAUUAGACUCUAUUAAAGCUGAUGAAACCAUGACCUUUGAUGAAUUUCUCAAAAA